CAAGUUGACCUAUUUCGUAAAUUUAAUGGUAUAAAAUUGCUAUCACCGCUUCUCCCAAUAAUUUCUCAAAUAGAAUCCCCAUCUCCCUUAACUAAAGUUUCAGACUAUGAUUGGAUUAUGUUCAUGUGCCGACUGCGGAUGGAAAAUGAACCGAGAAUACCGAACUGACCGAUUCGGUUUGUUCAUUACGGUUCGCACGACCGCGAUCCACCACGCCAGGGCCGUCACUCCCUCCCGUAGACUCUGCUCCUGGUCCUUGCAGCAGUUCAAAGCCAUGAGACCUGUGAAGUUGACCCUUCGCUGUCCUUCUAGAGUGGGACAAGUUACAGUUGACCCACAGCCUGAUUUUAGCUUCGAUGAUUUGCGGGUGGAACUUAAUUCCUUGGAAGAGAAGCUAAAGACGUCUUCAACGCCUUUCACUAAAACACCAUCGCGAGAUUUCUCUGUCACAAAAACUGUGGAGAGAAGCUCCAGGCCUUUUGUAAUGGGGGUGUAUGAGGAUGAACUACAAGACAUAUUUAGUGAUGGUGAAGAUGUUCAUGACCAAAGUCCAGUUGUUAACCACUUCAAUUGUGAUAAAAUUUUUCUCAGUGAUAGUGAAGAUUCUGACAAUGAAUCAUCUAUUGGAGCACGGGCCUAUCUGAUGGAGGACGUUGAUUUAGUGGAAAGUUAUGUAGCUCAGCUAACACAUGAUCAUCAGCUUAAUAUGAAGGAGGAAAUCAGAAACCAACUUACAAGGGUGGGGACAGAGCUUACAAUGUUAAAUGAAAAGACAAAUGUUGCAUUUUCUCAAAUUGAGAAAUACUAUGAGGCAAGACGAGAAGCUGACCGGAGACUUGAUACUCAAUAUCAACGUCAAAUUGCAGAAGGCCUUGAUAAGUACCUGACUGAUAUUCAGCGGGACCAUGAACUAAUAUCACAAAUAGAAGAAAGAAAAAUAAGAAGUGAUGCGGCUUUUGAAGAAGCCAAAAGAAAGGAGAAGGCCGCUCUAGAAGAAAAAAAACGUCAAGAAAAGGCUAAAGCAGAAGCCGAGGCGCAGGCAAAAGCCAGAGCUGAGGAGGCAAAGAAAGCUGCCAUAGAAGCUGAGAGGAGAGCAAUGCAAGAAGCAGCUGCAAGGGAAGCCGCUGAAAACUUAAAAAAGGUUGAUGUUGGACAAACGCAAGAAACUACCGAAAGCCUGCUAACUACCAAACCAGUAAACUCAGUCGGCCAACCUAAAGGACCUGCUCCAGGUGGAACAAACUUGUCAAAAUCACUAGGUAGCAUGAUUAGAGCCUCAGAAAAUGCUUUGACUUUAGAGAAGGAGAGACUACAGAAACUUAAGGAGGUAGAGGAGGGAAACCAAGCGUUGAGAUUGAGUUCAAAUAAGGAUUUUAGCUCCCAUGAAAGGCAUAUCGCUAGGUUAAUUCGACAAAUAAGGGGGACAAAAGAGAAUGUCAGAACAAAAGCUAGUGAACUUCUGAAGAUUUUCAUGGAUCCGCAUUGUCCACAAACCAUUAGCAUUGCGGCAUUUGCAAAGAAGGUCGUUUCUCAAUGUGAAAGUUCAGAUAAUGCACCUUUUGCAUGCGGUCAUGUUAUUGUUCUUGUUACCUCACAGGUCCCAAGCGCUAUGGUUCUCCUUCUUGCAGAGUUCCAUAGAGCUUGCAUCUACACAGUCCCGAAGCACACAGGAUAUUCAGAGGCCGCCUUCGAAUCCAAAGUGUCUUAUUACAAAACUAUUGGAUUUCGAGAGGAUGAUGGAAAGAUGGAAAAUAUUAAGGAUUAUUUAAAGCGGCUAGAACCAUACAUGAAACUUUAUGGGGCCUUGAUUCAGACAGAAGUAGCUGGUGUUCGGAACUUACAUGGUCUUGAGGAAGGCUGGGCGUGGCUGGCAAGAUUUCUAAAUACGGUUCCUCCCAAUAUAUAUACUGCAACCGCACUCAAUGCAUUCUUACAAACAGCAGGCUUUGCAUUGUUCAGAAAAUAUAAAUCUCAGUUCAGGAAGCUUCUGAACAUCAUCUCCGACAACUUCUUGAGUGCCCUCAAAGUCAAAUCAAAGGAGAACCAAGGAUUGAAACAGGUCGUCCUGAUGAUAGAAUCCUAUUUGGAAGAUAGAAAGUUCCUUCAAGAACCAGAAGGAAGAAGCUUACAGGGUUCCUUGUUGUCAAAUGUAAUGGUGCCCGACGCAGAUCACCAAGAAUCAUACGGCCGUUCAAGUAAUUCAUAUUUCUACUGAUAACCCCCCUCUCCUGAACUUUUUUUGUUAUUAGUUUAGUGGAGGGAAUGUAACUCUGCCUACUUAGCCUUGUUGUAUCAUUUAUAACAUAUACAUUCUUCAAUACAAAGGAAAAAAAAACCAUUUCUCCCA